AUGGCUGCGGCGGAGGCGGAGGGGGUGAGCGCGGCUGCAGGUCCUGGUUCGGAUGCCGACGGCAGUGGCAAGUCGCCCGGAGUCGAAGGAGAGGGAGGAGGAGCGGUGGGCAAAGAGAAGGACGCGGCCGCGAAAGGAGCGGAGGCUGUCGGGGACAGCGAGGAUGACGGCGAGGAUGUGUUCGAGGUGGAGAAAAUCCUGGACAUGAAGAUCGAUGGGGGCAAGAUCGUUUAUAAAGUUCGAUGGAAAGGAUACACAUCAGAUGAUGAUACCUGGGAGCCUGAGGUUCACCUUGAGGACUGUAAAGAAGUUCUUCUUGAAUUUAGGAAGAAAGUUGCGGAUAACAAAGCUAAACCAGUGAAGAAAGAUGUCCAGAGACUGCCCUUAAAUAAUGACAUAUUUGAGGCAAACUCUGAUAGUGAUCAACAAAGUGAGACCAAAGGAGACACUUCUUCAAAGAAGAAAAAGAAAAAACUAAGGCAAAGAGAAGAGAAGAGCCCAGAUGAUCUGAAAAAGAAAAAAGCAAAGACUGGGAAACUAAAAGAUAAACCCAAACCAGACCUGGAGGGCUCCUCUGAAAGUAUGGUUUUUGAUUUAAGGACAAAGAAAAGAAUUUUGGAAGCCAAAGAAGAAUUAAAGGAAUCCAAAAAGCCCAAAAAAGAUGAUAUAAAAGAAACUAAGGAGUUAAAGAAAGUUAAAAAGGGUGAAAUAAGAGAUUUAAAGACUAAAAAAAGAGAAGAUUCCAAAGAAAACAGAAAAACAAAAAAAGAGAAAUGUGUUGAAUCUCAGGUGGACUCCGAAUUGAGUGUCCUUAGUGAUUCCCCUGUUCAGGAAGAAGACGGUGAAGAUUUGCAUUCUGACAACAGAAACGAGAAGCAGCCAAUUAAAGGUACAAAAGAUAAAGCAGAGCCGGAGGCCAUUCAAGAUACUGUUUCUGAUAAACAGCAGGGUGACACUGUAAGCGCUGAUGAGGAUGAUGUCAAAGCUAAGAGGAAAAAAAAGAAACUGAGGAGGACAGAGGAGCUUAAAGAGAGCAAAAAGCUAGAAAACAAGAGCCUCCUAGAGAAGAAAAAUACACAGAAAAAGCAGAGGAAUCCAGACAAAGGCCCAAGUAGCGCUGAGUUAGAUAAGCCAAUGGCUGCCUCUGGCCCAGCACCGAAGAGCUCCAGACCGUGUGUGGAGGAGAGAGUCUCCAGGCCUGCAGACUCCUCGGGGGAGGUGAGUGCGGAGGAGAAAGAGACCAAAAAAAAUGAACCCAAAGAAAAAUACCCGAAAAAGCAUGAUUUGGACAAGGAAGAAAAAGGCCGAAAAGAGCCCAAGGCAUUAAAGACAUUUAAGGAAAUCAGAAAUGCAUUUGAUUUAUUUAAAUUAACUCCAGAAGAAAAAAAUGAUUUUCCUGAGACUAAUCGGAAAAAAGAAGCACCGCCAGACGGUAAAGUCCCAGGAGGCCACAGGAGCGAGGGGAGCAAGCCGCUGCUUAAAGAAAGGAGAAAUGCGAGAGAUGAGGCUGACACGUGGGCGCAUAUAGCUGCAGAUGGGGGUCAGGAGGCUGUGGACAGCACGCCCCAAGCGGACGAGAAUUCUGAUGGCAGACAACAGAUUUUGAGUUUCGGCAUGGAUUUGCAGUUGGAAUGGAUGAAAUUAGAGGAUUUUCAAAAACAUCUUGAUGGGGAAGAUGAGAAUUUUACAACAGCAGAAGCAAUUCCAAGCAAUUUAUUGAGGGAUGCUGUGAAAAAUGGGGAUUAUAUUACUGUGAAGUUUGCACUUAAUUCAAGUGUAGAAUAUAACCUGGACCAAGAGGAUUCCAGCGGGAUGACACUGGUGAUGCUCGCGGCAGCUGGGGGGCAGGACGACCUGCUGAGGCUGCUGCUCAAGAAGGGGGCAAAAGUGAACGGUCGGCAGAAGAACGGGACCACUGCGCUCAUUCACGCUGCCGAGAAGAACUUCUUAACGACAGUGGCUAUUCUUUUGGAAGCAGGAGCUUUUGUAAACGUCCAGCAGAGCAAUGGUGAGACGGCUCUAAUGAAGGCCUGUAAAAGGGGAAAUUCAGACAUUGUCCGCCUUGUCAUUGAGUGCGGGGCUGAUUGCAACAUUCUGUCAAAGCACCAGAACAGUGCCCUGCAUUUCGCAAAGCAGUGUAACAACGUGCUGGUGUAUGACCUGCUGAAGAAUCACUUAGAGACACUUUCAAGAGUAGCAGAAGAAACAAUAAAGGAUUACUUUGAAGCGCGUCUUGCUCUCCUAGAACCAGUUUUCCCAAUAGCAUGUCAUCGUCUCUGUGAGGGCCCAGACUUUUCAAUGGAUUUCAAUUACAGAAUCCCACAGAACAUACCAGAAGGCUCCGGCAUCCUGCUGUUUAUUUUCCACGCAAACUUUUUGGGUAAAGAGGUCAUUGCUCGCCUCUGUGGACCGUGUAGUGUACAAGCUGUUGUUUUAAAUGAUAAAUUUCAACUCCCUGUUUUCCUGGACAGUCAUUUUGUUUACUCGUUCAGCCCCGCCGCAGGCCUCAAUAAACUCUUUAUAAGGUUGACAGAAGCGCCGUCUGCUAAGGUAAGAAUUCUUGCAUCUGCUCUCACUGCUCAGGUCGUUCCUUCAGGUCACAUUAUUAGAGAAGAUUUUCAGGAAUGUCAUGCUGUUCCUGGUGUGCCUGCCUGGGUCUGA